AAAGACCUCACAAAACAAUGACGUAUUGCACAUAUUGAAAUUAUAUUCUUUUCAGUUGGAAUUCUAUCUUAGUUCUUUUCAAGGCAUUUACAAAUUACUUGUUGGGAAAAAAAAAAGAAAACAGAAAUGAAGAUAUCAGAGUUAACGCUUGCAAUGAUACAUGCAGCCAAGAAAGGAUCAAACAUUGCCAUGAUUAUCCGUUCCAAAGAUGCCCUGCUACGUUUAUUGGUUGAAGAGAAAACUGGUAACCAGAAAAAUGUAAGAUUUGUUCAAGACUUCAAAACACUGGCAGAUGUCUUGAUUCAGGAGACUGUUCGCUAUGAUCUGGAUCAAAAGUUUCCUGGACUUGGUAAGAACCUGUAUGGUGAGGAAAGCAAUAAAUUUACAAAUGCCCUAGGUGAAACAAUCUGUGUGACUAUUGAGCCAGACCAGGAGAAAAAUGUGGAAUUGCUAGGCCAAGUCCUUCAUGGAAACCAUGAAGCAGCCCAUCUUUUGGCACAAGCUAUCAGUUCCCAGCCAGAAAGUGCAAAUAAUCCUCUCCUGGAUCAAGUGCUUGAUGAAAUUGAACUGGAUAAAGUUCGAAUCUGGAUUGACCCAAUUGAUUCCACUGCCCAAUAUAUCCAAGCAGCUGAAAGUAAAGCAGAUGAACAUAACGUUAUUUCUGAAGGACUGCAAUGUGUCUCUGUGUUGAUUGGAGUCUAUGAUGUACAAACCGGUCUGCCAAUUAUUGGUGUUGCUUACCAACCAUUCCAUCACCAGGAAGACGAUGGGUGGAAAAGCCGUUACAUCUGGGGAAUAUGCUACGGAGACACGAAAGUCCAUUUCUUUAGUGAUAAGGAAGAUUCUAAAGAAUCAGGGAACAAUGUUAUUGUCACUAGUUCAAGUGAAGACCAGCGUAUUCAGGAAAAGCUUAAAGAAAUGUUUAGUUUGUGUUAUGCUGCUGGUGCUGGAUAUAAGGCCUUGUGUGUAUUGGACGACAAAGUUGAUGCUUACCUUGUGUCUAAAGGCAGUACUUACCACUGGGAUACCUGUGGUCUCCAUGCCAUUCUCAUGGCAAUGGGUGGUGGAAUUGCAAGCUACAAGGAUUGUGUGACAGAUUUGAAUCGAGAUCCUGACCUUCAACAGAUACGAUACAACAUUUCAACAGAAGUGCCCACAUCAGGAAUUGACCAGUGGUGUAAUUCCAAUGGCGUCAUAGUCUAUAAGGAACCCAGAAUCCUUCAGAAGCUACAGAAGCUUCUGGCAACAACAGGGCCAAUGCAACUGUAGCCGUUUUUUUUAGGUCAUCUUGGUGCUAGAACCAAUCAGGAACUAUCCUGUUGGAUAGAACACACCGUAAGAAACUUAGAAGGGAACCAAAUGCACCUUUUAUUGUUAGUCCUUUUUUCUAUAGCACCUAUUUAUAUAUACACACAUACAUUUUUAAAUAUAUAUAUA